AUGGUCGCAGAUCUCCGAGCCGUACUUGCAGUUACAGAGCCAUGGCAGACCAUACUGCGAAUGUUUCCUCGCUGGGUUCCUUCAUUGUGUUUCCUGUUCACCUUGACUUUUAUUACCUCGGAAACAAAAAACCUGACACAUUGGAGCCGUCAGCAACUGUACGACAGUCUCGCCAACAGGGGCAUGCUGGCAGAAAGCCAACUGCAGAAAAUACUGAAUGUGCCACGCAUGGGGGUCUCCCCAGAACUUUUGGCAAAAGACUGCCGGUCUGCUUUCCUCAAUGGCAGAAGAAAGAGCGGUUUAUAUGUGAUCCUGCCCAAAGACUCACCACCAAUGGUGGUAUAUUGUGACCUCCGUCAAGAAGGUGGAGGUUGGACUGUCCUACAGAGAAACACUGGAAAGAAUGACGUGUUCUUUGGGCCUACCGACUGGAACAAAUACAGGAGCGGAUUUGGUAAUCUAGCCGGUGACCACUGGCUGGGCAACGAACUAAUAUACCUUCUUACAAGGCAUAAUGCUUUCACUGUCCGGUUCCUUCUAAUGGAUGCUUUGGGGAAUGAAUACCGUGCGGACUACAGUAGCUUUAGGGUGGAUAGUGAAGAUGAAAGCUAUGCCCUCAGAUUAGGAGACUACUUUGGAGACGCUGGCGAUGCUAUGACCAUCAUGAACGAGACAGGAAUCAAUGACAAUAUGAGGUUCUCCACUAAAGACCAAGACAAUGACAGGUGGUCCAAGAACUGUGCUGAAGAGUAUGGUGGAGGUUGGUGGUUUGACAGUUGUGGCUCCACCCACCUCAAUAGCUAUCAAAACAUAUUCUGGAGAGGCCUUUGUGACCAAUACAGCCCGUGUGUCUCAUCCACCAUUAUGAUAAAACCCAGUAGGAAAAACUGCUACCCUGUCUCAUUUCCUCGACCUGGUGACCUUUACCCUAAUCCUAUAAUGUAA